AUGGCUCCAUCAGACACGAGGCAGUCUCGGCCUCCAACGGAACCUGCCAUAACAUCCUUUUUAUUGGGCAAUUUACACUGCCCGACAUGCGUCUCGGCUAUCAAAGAAGUCCUCUAUGCGUCGUGCAAAGACAAGAUCAGGUGGGUGUCGCCCAACAUUGUGACGGCUGUUGUUACCGUUGAACACGACUUGGACGCCCCAAUCAGCACCAUGGCCGCCGAGCUUUCAAGAGCAGGAUUCGAGGUUUGCGGUGUAACCACCUCGGCUGGUGACAGAACGACCCAGGAGGCACACCUCGACUCGGAAGCUACAACUGCAGCUAUGAACAUCUGUGGUAAGGAAGCUACCAGCAGUCGCCAUAAAGGGAAACAACCUGCCGCCGCAUCAUCAUGGCUUAGAUCACCACUAUUUGGCUCCAAGUCGUCUCAUAUCGAUGCGCACUUGAAGAACUGCGAGGACUGUCGCGGAAAGGGUUCAGACUCGGCUAUCAGGCCUGAUCCAAUCCCUAGUGCACAGCCGACGACCCGUAACUUGGGUGUUGUCAUACGGCCCCCAGCUCCGUCAAGGUCCAGGAGUAACAACGGCGAAUCAUCUUCAUCUUCAGCAUCAUCAUCAGCUUCUUCAUCACCACCAAUCAUGUCUAUCGAGUCUUUUGCUUCACCAAAUCUUGACGAUGCCCCGAUAUGGAGAGCUACCGUCGCCAUUGGUGGCAUGACAUGCGCAGCAUGCUCGAAUGCAAUCACCAAAGAGCUUAGCAAGAGGGAUUGGAUUUCCAAUAUUGCCGUUAACCUCAUCACCAACAGUGCAACUGUUGACUUUGCAGACAGAAGCAAAGCGGACAAGAUCGUGGACGAGAUCGAGGACCUUGGAUACGAUGCCGCGAUUGACACCAUCACCAACUUGAAGGAGGAGAAGACGGGGCAGGAAGAAAGGACUGUGGAGAUCUCGGUGGAGGGCAUGUACUGCGACCAUUGUCCUCGACGGACGAUCCAGAACCUGGAGACCUUUGGCUUGCGGUACACUCUUCGCGUGGAUCGGGAGCCGACGCAUCAACAUCCUAUCAUGAAGGUCACAUAUGUGCCCAGUUCUCCCGACUUUACGAUACGUCGAAUUCUUGCCUCGAUCGAGGCCAGCGAUCCGGCAUUCAAAGCUUCCAUAUACCACCCACCGACACUCGAAGAGCGAUCCAAGGAGAUUCAAAGAAAGCAUUUGAGACAAAUCUUAUACAGAGUUAUCUUUACAGGGAUACUUUGCAUUCCAACAUUUGUACUCGGUAUCGUCUACAUGACACUCUUGCCGGACAGCAAUAUGGAAAAGCACUAUCUUAUGAUGCCCUGGGUUGCGGGUAUCAGUCGGCUCCAAAUGGCACUCUUCAUCCUGGCAACCCCGGUCUACUUCUUCGCCGCCGACAUGUUUCACUUGCGAGCUUUCAAGGAGAUCUGGACACUCUGGAAACCUGAAUCUAGGACACCAAUUCUCCAACGCUUCUACCGGUUCGGGAGCAUGAACACACUGAUGUCUCUGGGUACCACUAUUGCCUACGUCAGCUCUACAAGCCAGCUGAUUUCGGCUGCAAUCUACAGGCCCAAGGAAAUCAACGACGCCAAUUUCUACUUUGAUGCCGUCGUUUUCCUUACUUUCUUCUUGUUGCUCGGUCGGCUCAUUGAAUCAUACAGCAAAUCCAAGACUGGUGAUGCCGUUGAGGCGCUUGCCAGAUUGAGACCAACUACUGCCAUCCUUGUCGAGCAGAGCACAGACAGUAAUGGUCAGAGACACACCGAGGAUAUCGUUGUCAAAACCGAGCUUUUGGAUUUCGGGGACCUCGUACGCAUCCCACAUGGCACAUCACCACCGGCCGAUGGAAUCAUCGUGCAGGGCGCUACCAGCUUCGAUGAGUCAAGCCUAACUGGAGAGUCCAGACCGAUCAAGAAAGGUCCAGGCGAAGAGGUCUACGCCGGCACAGUCAACAAAGCUGGACCUGUUGUGAUACGCAUAACGGGCGUUUCUGGCAAUUCCAUGCUGGAUCAAAUUGUUCGCAUCGUACGUGAAGGCCAAACCAAGCGAGCGCCUAUGGAGCAGCUUGCCGACAUCCUGACGACGUACUUUGUGCCGUGUGUGACGCUUGUCGCCGUUGUUACCUGGCUUAUGUGGCUCUCGCUCGGCGUCUCGGGCGUGAUCCCAGGACACUUUUUGGACGUCACAUCGGGCGGAUGGGUUUCAUUCUCCCUUCAGUUUGCCAUAGCAGUCUUUGUUGUCGCGUGUCCCUGCGGUCUGGCACUUGCGGCCCCGACUGCCAUCUUUGUAGGCGCCGGUCUCGCGGCCAGGUACGGAAUUCUUGCCAAGGGUGGUGGUCUCGCCUUUGAGACGGCUAGUCGGAUCGACUGUGUUGUGUUUGACAAAACCGGCACCUUGACAAUGGGCGGUGAGCCCAAGAUUACAGAUUCCAAGUUUCUGGAUGGUGAGAGGGGCGAGUUUACGGUGCCCAAGCCACUUAUCAUGGCUGCCCUGAAGGCUAUCGAGGAAAACAGCAGCCACACUAUCGCCAAGGCCAUCGUUUCGUAUUGCUCACUCCAGCCCCUACCAACCGGUCAAGUCGAAGAUCUCCAGGAGAUACCUGGCAAGGGAAUGCGCGCAGUGUUCACACCCAAUGAUGGCUCUGCGGCGUUCGAGAUGAUCGUGGGCAACAAGGCCCUGAUGGAACAGUUCUCUGCUACCGUGUCUCUGUCUCUUGAUGCGACAUUAGCAAUGUGGACAGCUGGUGCCAACUCUAUUGCCCUAGCAGCUGUCAAGCCAAUUUCGGAUAAGGAAAACGAGGGCCCAGAGUCGAUAUUUGAGUCUACAUAUUCGGUUCGAGGCGCGCUCGCCAUCUCGGACCCGAUCCGGCCAGAGUCGGCAGCCGUGAUCGCAGCACUUCAGUCGCGAGGCAUACAGGUGUACAUGCUAUCCGGAGACAAUGCUGCAACAGCGCGAGCGGUCGGCAACAGACUGGGGAUUGACGUCGAACAUGUGCUGGCCGAGGUGCUACCAGCACAGAAGGCCGACAGGAUCAAAUACCUGCAAAGCACUCUCAAGGCGCAGAUCGGUGGCAAGAAGGAAUCGACGACUAAGCGAGCCAUUGUGGCCAUGGUUGGUGACGGAGUAAACGAUGCACCAGCGCUGGCACAGGCGGACGUUGGCGUGGCUAUCGGAUCUGGAUCCGACGUUGCCAUUUCCAGCGCCGGGUUCGUGCUGGUCAAGAGCGACCUUCGUAACGUUCUCACGCUGCUGGAGCUCUCAAAAGCCGUGUUCCGUCGGAUAAAGCUCAACUUUGGCUGGGCGCUGGUCUACAACGUCCUGGCUGUCCCCGUUGCUGCCGGUGCGUUAUACCCAAUUGUAGGACCGGGAGGCGAGCACGUACGACUUGACCCGGUGUGGGCGGCGUUGGCAAUGGCUUUGAGCAGCAUCAGCGUCGUUAUGAGUUCGCUUCUGCUUCGGUCACGGCUGUGGAUCGUCGGAUUCAGGCCGAGCAUAGUGGAAGUUGCCGAAGCGGAUAGCCAAGCGGAGGAGCAAGUUGGUGAUGAUGACAGCAGUGAGAGAGUGGUGGUGAUCUCUUCUGAGAUUAAUGAUGAUAAAAUCUGA